AUGAAGUGUCAGAGACUGGCCUCAGCGGCCCUGCGCCAGGCCCGCACGCCGGUUUCACGCACCCAAGCUCCCUCCGUAUUUCGGAGCUCCAACAAUGCCGCCGCGGCACCUCUUGGCAGCCGGCAAUGCACCCGCCGAUUCACCUCCAAGCCGGCCCGCAAGGCCGCCUCGAACAGCCCCGGCGAUGCAUCAAACCCCGCGAUGGCAUUCCCAUGUCUGGACGCCCUCGAGAAUCGAUCGGCGACCCUCGAGGCAAGAUUCGAGUCGAGCGGCCCCGAGCCCUCUUACACAGCCGGUGCGACGGAAACAUACCACUGCAAAGACCCUCUCCUGCUCGACUGGGGCGGCGUCCUGCCCGAGUUCGACAUCGCAUACGAGUCUUGGGGAGAGAUGAAUGCCGACAAGUCGAACGUCAUCCUCCUCCACACCGGCCUGUCGGCAUCGUCGCAUGCGCAUUCAACAGAGAGCAACCCGAAGCCUGGCUGGUGGGAGAAGUUCAUCGGACCGGGGCUGGCCCUGGAUACGGAUAAAUAUCACGUCAUCUGCACGAACGUCAUCGGAGGCUGCUAUGGGUCAACAGGACCGAGCAGCAUCGACCCCGCGGACGGCCAGCGGUAUGCAACAAGGUUCCCAAUCCUCACCAUGGAGGAUAUGGUGCGGGCACAGUUCCGUCUUCUUGAUGGGCUCGGUGUGGACAAACUCUAUGCCAGUGUUGGAUCCAGCAUGGGCGGCAUGCAGUCGCUCGCUGCCGGCGUUCUCUUCCCCGACCGCGUGGGCAGGAUCGUGUCCAUCAGCGGUUGCGCCAGGAGUCAUCCGUACAGCAUCGCGAUGCGCCACACGCAACGCCAGGUGCUGAUGAUGGACCCCAACUGGAACAGGGGUUUCUACUACGGCAGAGUGCCGCCCCACGCCGGUAUGAAACUUGCACGAGAGAUCGCGACGGUCACAUACCGAUCAGGUCCCGAAUGGGAGCAGCGUUUCGGCAGGCGGAGGGCGGACCCCAGCAAACCCCCGGCGCUGUGCCCCGACUUUUUGAUCGAGACGUAUCUGGACCACGCAGGCGAGAAGUUUUGUUUGACGUACGAUCCCAACAGUCUGCUGUAUGUCAGCAAGGCUAUGGACUUGUUCGACCUUGGACGCGAAAACCAGGUGGCUGCCGGCACGAGAAGGGCAGAACGCGAGAAGCUUCUUCAGUCUGGAGCCUCUCCCGCGCGCAACGAUGCAGCCUGCAGUCUCACGCUGCCUGAGAAGCCCUACGUGGAGCAGCCUGAAUCCAACGCCGGAGCGGCGGACCAGCCAAUCGAGGUGUCCUCUAGGCCGCCCGAAGACCUCAUCGCGGGUCUGGCUCCGCUGAGGGACACCCCGGCCCUCGUCAUCGGGGUGACGAGCGACAUCCUAUUCCCGGCGUGGCAGCAGAGAGAAGUCGCCGAGGCUCUGAAGCUCGCGGGCAACAGGAACGUGGCGCACUAUGAGCUGAGUGAGGAGAUGAGCUUCUUUGGCCACGACACAUUCCUGUUGGACCUGAAGAAUAUUGGUGGAAAUCUGAAGAACUUUCUUGGGUGA